AUGGCUCUCGAGGUACUCAAGUCGCGUCGUCGCGGUGACUACAACUUCUCGCUCGAGUACAGGACGCGAUGGAGCGACAAUGACAUGUACCACCAUAUGAACAACAGCGUCUACUACUACCUCUUUGAUUCUGUUGUCAACACAUACCUGAUUAAGCACUGCGCACUGCACCCACCAACGUCUCUCGACAUCGGCCUUGUCGUCCAUUCCCAUUGCAACUACUUUGCUCCAGUCGAGUUCCCUGCAGUCGUUGACUUGUGUUUGAGGGUAAACAAACUGGGAAAGAGCUCUGUCACGUAUGAGAUUGGCGUCUUUGAACAGGGUCAGGAAGAGGUCAAGGCAGUUGGAGAGUUUAUCCAUGUUUUUGUUGACCGCGAGAGCAGGCGGCCGAGAAAGGAUGGCAUGACUGAGGCACUUAAGACGGGUCUCGAGAAGUUAGUAGUAGAAAAGCCGAAGCUUUGA